ACCAGGUGUCACUAAAUAUUACAGCAUGGGUUCAUGCAGGUCAGAGAAGCUCAUCUUGUGUUUGUCUAGUCCGAAGCUACAUUAUAACACUUUUUUGACACCAGAUUUACUGUUUCCACUCUCAUAUGGGAAUAAACAAUCAGAGCAGCAGCUAAAAACAGCACGUUAAUAUGAAAAAAAAAGUUUGUUUCUAACUACAUAAAAAAACAUUAGGUUAUAGUAUAGGCAUUUUUAAAAAGUACAUCUUUGUUCCUUACUUAAGCCUAAAUGGUACAUAUUAGUAUUUUAUACUAACCACCUCAAUGACAGUUUUGUACAUUGCCCUCAUUAAUAAACAGAAACAGGACUGUAAAUGUGCCCAAUAUUUGAUCUGUUGUCCCUGACCAGUUAUUAAAAAGGCUAACUAAAGUUAGAAUAAUUCACAUAUGACGCAUGAUUUAUUACAUUAUUUUGGACCAUUCCAAUACAUUUGCACAUUCAGAUGAAUGCAUAAACAUAGGAAAAAAAUCUUUGCAGUUACCAAUGACACACCAGAUCAAGUCGAAGGGAGUUGUUUAACCACUGAUGUGGUGCAUUACAUGAACUUCAGACACGUUUCACUGAGUUUGACAGCAAGAGAGAGAACAAAACAUGUUUUGUUUUAGUUGUACAUAGUAUAUUGUGUAGUUUAAAACCUACCUUAAAAUAUCCCUAAAUUAUAGCCUAUAAAAUAUUUAGAUUUCCAACCACAAAAGGGCAUCAUUGACUGACAAAACCUUGACCUCAUGACCUCCCUGCUGAAAAAAAACAAUAGAACCCUGCCCAAAACACAAUAGAAAAUGUAAUGGUUUUAAUGGUUAUAAUGGGAAUUGUAUUGGUUUUAAUGGAAACUAUAAUGGUGUCUACUGGUAUGUGAUUCUAUUGAUGGGAUGUUAAAUCCUAUUGGAAAAAUGCCCAAAACACUACAAAAAUGAAUUUUGUAAAGGUUUUACUGGAAAAAGCUAAUGGUUUAUAAUGGUAUUUUAAUGGAAACCAUUGGAAUUUCUGUGAUGGUUUCUAUUGGGCUUCUACUGUUUUUUUUUUUAUUUAUUAAUUUUUUUUAGCAGGGCUCGUUCACAGCAUUUACUUCGGACGCUAUUUGUAUAAUGUUUAUGGUCUUUUCGUCCAGGAUAAGCGAUAUUUAGAAAUUGUUGAUGUAAUGUCUACUGCGUACUGCCUACCCCAACCAAAAUUAAAUACAUAUUUAACAUGAACCCAUAUCUGGGAUUAUUUGCUGAAAUUGAUUCCAAUACAAUGAGUCUUGCUCGGAGUGAUACGCUUGGAAAUUAAGUUCAGUUUCUGUUAAGUUGUGAAGCGCGUGAAUUUGGUUUGCUGAUGUUUUAAUUGACCAAGUUCCACAUCAUGUUUUUUACUAGCGUGACAGUUUGCAUAGGAAUGAAACUUUGACAUUAAAGUGUCCAUUUGCUGAUCUGAUGUUCGCUACUGUAACAAAAAUGAGCUUUGCUCGCUCUCCCUUUUAAGCGCGGAAAACGCCCGACUUGAAAUAAAUAACGUCAACCCUUCACGUUCUAAGGACGUUUGCGUCGUGCGUAUGCACAAGGAAACUUCAGAUACAAAUUCCUGACUGGUUAGGUAAAGUUUACUGACGAAAAGAUGAUUUUUUUUUUAAUCAUUCAGUAGAAUGUGAGGGAACCACAGCAGUUAUGACGUCUUAACCCUGACCGUUCUAAAAUAGAAUCUUCGUUUAUGCAGAUUAAAGUAAAAAGGACGGUUUGUGCUACAAAGUGUCAAUUUCAGGAGAAAGGAGAGGACAAGAGUGUUGAGUAAAUGUAGCUAUUUAAAAAUCGCCCAGUGCAAUAAUUAAGCUGCAUCUAGUAGUGCAAUGCAGUGUGUAGACUUCAGGCGACCUGACUUCAGUCAGCUUGCCUUUAUCCAGCGCUCAGGGCAGGUUUUCUUUGGCCUAACUGCUGCUUUUGGUCGGAAUGGUGGGUCAACUGUGCACUGUGGGUACGCUAAGCUAUCAUCCUUCAUUGAUGAACUGAUCGCAACCUUCCAGAAGAUGAGUUUCAGUAAUGGGACUCAAGAAUCACUUUCAUAUUCUAAAUGCCAGGGUCAGACCCCAGCUUUCGGACAGACCCCUGUUCACUAUCAAACCCCAACCUCCUGCAAGGACCCUGCUCACCGUCGGAGCUGCACAUUUAGGCAGACCUCUGCUCACAGUCGAACCCCAAACUUCUGGAAGACCCCUGCUUCCAGUCAGGUCCCAGGUUUUGGACAGACCCCUGCUCACAUUUGGACCCCAGCUUUUGGGAAGACACCUGCCUUUGCUCAGACCGUCGGGUGCCGUCAGACCCCAGUAGGUACUUAUAUUAGCCAACCAUCAUCCUCCUCCAUAGAUAAACUCACUGCAGCCUUCCAGAGAAUAAGUUUGAGUGUCACGAACUGCUCCCGCAAGCGCCCUGCUACUGCCUUACGCAGACUGGGAAUGGAUGAUACUCUGAAGAUGUCAAGACCUUGCAAAAGACCCAGAUGCUUCUAGUUCAUGUCCAU